AUUGUCAAAUCACAAAUGUCAAGCUCUCCGACUGAUUAGUAUGGACGAAAUUCUUAUUUGGCUAUAAAAAAAUUGAAUAUGUUUCCUUUAUAGAAGGAAACAAUACAUAAUAGACCGACUAUGUCGGUUAAUUUUUAUUGGCACCUGGAAUCACCGGCCCAUCAAUGUGGAUCCGAAGCAUUUUUAGAUCGAUGCUUUUUGGAGUGCCGAUCGGAGUAACUUUUCUGGAUACUGUAGGUUAUGUAGCGAGAGUCGAAGGCAUAUCAAUGCAGCCGGUAUUAAAUCCAGAAUCUACGAACACGGACUACGUGUUUCUAUCUCGUUGGUCUGUGAAGGACUACAAUGUACAAAGAGGUGACAUAAUCUCGCUCGUGUCCCCGAAAGAUCCGAAUCAAAAAAUUAUUAAACGUGUUGUAGCUUUAGAAGGUGAUAUUGUGAGUACAUUGGGCUAUAAAACUGCAUAUGUGAGGGUACCUGAAGGCCAUUGUUGGGUGGAAGGUGAUCACACAGGGCACACUUUGGAUAGCAAUACAUUUGGUCCAGUUUCUCUAGGUUUAAUAAAUGCAAAGGCCAAGUUUAUAGUGUGGCCACCAAACAGAUGGCAGAGCUUGGAAGUGAAGGUUCCGGAACAUAGAAAACCAGUCAGUACCCAGAUAUGACAAAUAAUCUAAGUUUAGCCAAAGUGAAGCAGCAUCUCAGUACAGACAGUUCUUGUUGUGAUGUGUUAGUUUUAUAAAUUGUUACAAUAUUUAUUACAGAGUGUAGGGAAAUGUAAAUACUUUAUUUUCUGAACAAUAAUGGCUUGAUCUGAGCUUAUCUCAUAAUUACUGCCAAAUUGGAUAAGCAUCUCUUCAAACAUAAGUUUAAUGAAAUUUAAAAAUAUUGUGAAAAAUAAAGUUUUGUUGAUCAAA